ACAAACCUUAUUUGUUCCUACUACUUUGAGCGCCAUCUUGUUUGGAACUUCUCCCCCCUACUGCUAGUUUCCACUCGGGGGGUGUCCGGUUACCCCGUUCCUGCCUCCGAAGCGCGGGGAUCUCACCCUUUCUCCUUCACAGGCGUUCACUGCAUCGUCUCUCAUUUAUUCGUUUUUACCUUAGAUUGUAUUCCUUAAGGGGACCCGAAAUGAGCAUCGAAACGCUUCUGGAAGCCGCCAAGUUUUUAGAAUUGCAAGCCCAGCAACAGAGAGCAGGUGAGGAUGAGCUGAAAGAAAAACUGCGACUGGAUCAGCUGACGGAGCAGAGUCGCAUUCAUCUGAACAACUACACCUCCAUGGGUUACAUCAACAAUGUUUUUAAAGCAGAUGUGCUCCCCUCCGAGCGUCCCCCGGCCCCCGUGCCCCCUUCUCUGCCUCCCCCAUCCAUGCAGGUCGCAGUCAUCCCCAUCCCGGUGGUCACACCCAAUCCGGCAGACCCACCUGCCCUCCCAGUGGCGAUGCUGUCUCAUCCGGUCGCUCCACCAGCGGUCUCCCCCAAAAGGGAACCGCCUUCUCCUCAAGAGCAAAGUGUCCCUGCUCCGCCACGCUCUCCCCCAUCCAAACCCGACGACCUGAACCACAAGCAGCCCAGAGAGAACCACCAGAAUCAACCCUCCCAGAUCCUGUCCCAAGCCGCUAACACUAACGUACAGCAGCAGACGCUCCUACAAGAGUAUUGUGGCUCCAUCGUCUCAUCCCCGCAGCAGGCCCUACAGCAGGCCGCCCUCGCCAACAGCCCCACUAGCCGGGGAGGGAGUCCUGACGACGGACGCUUGCUGGACCUCAAGAAAAGGCCCGGAGGGGCAGGAACAAGAGAAGUGCAUAACAAGCUGGAGAAGAACAGGCGAGCCCACUUGAAGGAGUGUUUCGAGACACUGAAGAAGAACAUUCCCAACAUCGAUGAGAAGAAGACUUCUAAUCUGAGCGUGCUGAGAAGUGCUCUGAGGUACAUCCAGACAUUGAAGCGUAAGGAGAAAGAGUACGAGCACGACAUGGAGCGUCUCGCCCGAGAGAAGAUAGCCACGCAGCAGCAACUAGAGGAGCUGAAAAACGAGCUGAACCAGUGGAUGGAUGUGGUUGAGAUCGACCGUGUGCUCCGUCAGACGGUGCAGCCUGAGGAGGACCAGGCCUCCACCUCCACUGCCUCAGAAGGUGAAGAUGUCAUGGAUGAAGACGAGGACGAGGACGUUCCCAUGAGACCUCAGAGCCCCUCACCCAGCAUACCUCAAGUCCAUAAAGCUGAGCUCCAUAAGAUGCCGACACCCACCCAGACCUUGACCCAGACCACUCCUGCCCCCUCCUUCAUCAACCAGCACAUCUCCAUCCAGCACAAAGCCCCUUUGCAGCCUCCACGCCAGCUGACACCCACUCCACAACCGCCAUCCAAGCCUGUGGCCCCGCCCAUUUCUACCACAUGUGGCGCUGUCACCCCCACUCCGGCCUCCAUUCCCGCCCAGCCUAGCAUACACCCCACAGUUAUUGCCCACGCGUCCGUUUCCCACCCGUCUGUCAUCCAAGCGGUCAACCACGUCAUCCAGACGGCAGGACCCAAACACAUAGCCCACCUUACCCCCACGGCUCCCACCAACUCAGUGCAGUUAGCACCUGGCCAGCCACCCAUCAGCCACAUAACCGUGCACCCGGUGGCCCACCUGGGCCGACACCUGCCCGCCCUCUACCCUCAACCCGUGGCCGUCACUCAGCCCGCCUUGAUCAGCCACCUCGCGCACACCCUUGGCCACGUCAACGGUACGGCGGCGGGCCAGCCGACCACCAUCGUGGGCAAACAGACGAUGGUGGCGCAUCACCCGCAGCUGGUGGGUCAGACUGUUCUCAACCCCGUCACCAUGGUGACCAUGCCCUCCUUCCCCAUCAGCACUCUGAAGCUGGCCUGAAUUUAAAGACUCUUCGAAGCAGAAGGACAACCACGCGCAGGCCGCCUCAUUAGCCAUGGCUGCCUGGAAAGAUCCACAGAAUGUAGGAAGAGCAUGUCCACCAGCAGUCUGUGACACACACACACACACCGCUCAUUAUUGUAUAACAGUGAUGUUUACUGCUUCAUACAGUGAAACUGUAGGACACUUUGGGAAGGUCCUGGUGGAGGUAGCCUGUUGAAGAUGAACCAAUAGCACAUUUCUACCCACCACUAGCUCUGUCCCUUCCCUUCCUCUGAACACACCCAUGCUGCUGGGCCACAUCGAAAUUACGGACCAAAUGAUCCUUGAUGCACUGGAGCUGCAGUCCUCCGGGACGUGCAUGCUGCAAUGGCUCCCCCUGCUGUCCCCUAAUGGCAUAGUAACACCUACACUGAAGAAAUAUGGAGUUUGUCACAUUCUGAUAAAUAUUCACCAGCCUCAAGUCACCAGUACAAUCAAAAACUGCCUCUACAAAGAUACUUGCCCACCUUUCAUUGACAAGAGGAAUUUAUUCUACAGUGGAACCUCUGUUUCUGUGUUUUUUUGUUAACCUUGAAAAUCUACACCAUCAUUUUGCCCCAGUUUGUGUACAUUUUCCGGUUAGCAUCCAAAACAGCAUGCGUCUUGUGUUUUUAAUACAAGUGCAUUAAUGAAACUGCUUUUUUUGUCAAAAAAGUAGUCUCUCACCUUUCAUGCAACAUUCCCGGGCUCCAUUUUGGGUUAUUUGCAACAUUGAUCAAAAGAAGUGGAAUUCAAGAAAUAACUCACAGCAAAACGUGAAGGUGGUGUACAUAUUGAUCUUCCUGCCACAUCAUGUCUUUGUUUUCAAUGAAGGUAAAAGUAACCUUAAAUGUUAACUUAUCCCUUUCACUCAUUGUUUAUGUAUUUACAAUCUUCUGGAACGGAUGAAUGAUGCUAACCAAGCAUCCACUGUAAUCUGACUUGCACAUUUAUCCGUGUAUGAUCCAGUGCAGUUGUACAUGAUGAUAAACCUCCCGUGACAGCGGUUAUAAAAUAUGGGCAUUAUUAUUAUUAUUUGAACUAGCUUCAAAGUGAAAAGCAAGUUAAACGUAAUGAUUUUCAAUGUAAAUACAAUUUGGAUUAGAGUCGUGUGUCACCACUGACAACCCAUCAAGCAAGGAGUCGUGUUGCAUUUAAGGUCAGAUUGACAAUGGCAGUUUCAUUUCAUGCCCUUUUUUUUGGAAAGGAAGCCACUCAUGCUGUUUAUUAUUGUCCUGUAUUAGCACUGUGAACCUCCAUGAUGAGCAUCCAACCUGUGGUUAUCAUAGCACUUAACGGCAUGCUGUGCGCUCUAUAUUGAGCUCUAUAUUGUGACUCGUGACAAGAUUGAGGACAAGACCUAUCAUUUUUUUAUGAAAAAUAUAUUCAAGAAUCAUGUUAAGUAACUUUAGUUUUUUUGGCUGUUGCUUGUAACUUCUCAUGUUGAGUGUACAUUGAUGUGAUGUGUUUUGUUGGGACCAUGUAUGUUAAAUGGAGCAGAGGGAGGCAGCAGUGCAGACACCCACGUGAGCACUGUUACUCGUGCUAACUGUGUAGGUUUGUCUUUUUGUUGUGAUUCCACAAAGGAUUGGAAGCGCAAAAACAAAAACGGUCAUCCUUGUUGCGCUUUACAUACGCAACCAAUUCAGUUUGAAAACAUGUUGGAGCUCAACAUAAAAUGUCUAAAAGUUGUCAGAGGAUUCUGAUACAUGGAGGACAUUAACAACAUACCCGUUUUUUUCCCUAUGGAGAAAGUUAUACUGCUAAAUAGCCUCUAAAAACUGGGCUCAAUUUACAUUUCACUAUGAUGUAAAAAGCUGGGAAAAUUAUAUGAAAAAAUAUAUAAACAUGACUUAAUAAACUUGUUUGCUAAUGUCUGCUUCAGAUUGUUUUUGUUUACAUAAACGUGACGUCAAGAGAUUUGUCUCUUUAGUCAUUCACCAGAGCAUUUGAAUGCAUCACCUUCAAUUUACACAGUUAUUCACUAAAGUAAAUCUCCCAAUACAUUGGAAGCCAUGCUAUCAUACAUAAUGUAUAUUAAUACAGACAUCCUCAAAGCAUUAGACCAGGGCUAUACAAACCGACUUUGGCCUUUCAUCAGAAAAAUAACAGCACACAACACGGCACCUUUUUGGGAGUUAACUUAUACAUAACACAUAGUACAUACAUACCUGACAAAAUAAUGCCUACCAGAACAAAAAAAUGAAAUAAAAUGUACAAAUGGACACAUUAAAUGAUGCAGUGUCUGUAUUUUUAUUGUCAUUAGAAUAGUUUGCAUAUUUUCUUCAGCCAUCCAAUUUGCAUUUAUACAUUUCAAACAUAAAUAUGGUCCAAAGAGGAAACGGACAUAAAAAGGGAAUGAUAUCAAUCCACACCAAAAGUCAUGUCUUAUUUAGGAAGAGAGAAAAAUAAACAAAUGAGGUUUGUACUCACAAUGUUUCUAAAAUGAAGCAUACAAAAUGUUAACUCAAUAUCAUAAUGCAAAGUAUUCCAGGAUGAUGACAAAAAUGUUAGUAUUAGUGUACGUUAAGGCGGAAAAUUAAUUUCCAAUCAAGCAUAGAUUACAGAGUCCAUUGCCC